CCCUCCCAUGCAGGCAGCCCCACCCCCACUUCACCCGGGACUGGAGGCCGGUCCAGCUCCCCCGGAGGUGGCAGUGUAGGCGGAGGCGGGGGUGGAGGCGGGGGUGGUCGGUUGAUCCCCACCUACCCGCCCAUCCGCUACAACGUGCCCUCCCGUGUGGCUGCGGCCUACCUGAGCAGCAGCAGCAGCAGCAGCCCCCCCACCUCCGCCUCCUCCCCCGGUCCCGCCUCCGCCCCCCAGCCCCCACCGCCGCGGCGGGAGUUCCGGGUGCCGCAGUACGCGCCCCUGGACCUGUCGGGCGUGCGCUCCUGCCUGGGUGAGUACGUGCGCAGUGGCGUGCGGCGACCUGACCCCGAGACCCUGCAGCAGUGGCGGCGCAGCAGGGGACGGCAAGGCGGCAGGGACAGCAGCUCGGGAGGGAGUGCGCGCGGCGUCCCCCUCACCCCCGCCCCGGUUCCCGUGGGUGAGGACCUGCUGUCAGGCGCGGUGGCUGCUGCGGGGGCGGCGCGGCGGGGACACCCGCACCUGCACCCGCACAUGGCACCCGGGGCAGCUGGAGGGUUGGAGGGGGGGGUGACGGACGUGGCGCACCCCGCCCCGCCGCCGCACCUGUACCCCGCUGCUGGCCCCAGGGAGCCGGGCGGUGCAGUGCUGGCCUACGAGGAGUACAUGCAUGACCUGGCUGCCCGCUACCUGGCCCAGCAGGAGGAGGUGCUGGUGGCCACGUCAGCAUCCGCGGCGGCGGCGGCGGGGCAGCUGCUGGCGGCGGCGGGAUGGGGCAGUGGAGCGGAAGAGCAGGAGCAGGCGGCAGCGGAGGCGGAGGCAGCGGAGGCGGCAGCUAACGGAGGGCCUGCACAAGGGGGAGAGGGUCAGUCAGGCGAGGAGGCGGGAGCGGCUGCGGCUGCGGCGUCCUCAGAGGCUCCGGCGGCGGCAGCGGAGGGUGCACUCCGGUUCGACUCCCGCGCCCUCGCCACCUCAGAGCCCGGCCCCGUGCCCCCACCUGCUGGCGCCGACACCUGUCAGCAGCAGCAGCAGCAGGACCCGCAUGCCGAUCAGGGCCCCCAUACCCGCAUGGCAGCUGCCGCUGACCACCACCCCCACAGCGCCUCCACCUCCACCACCACCCCUCCCGCCUCCUCCUCCGUCAGGCCACACUGCUCACACAGCCCUCCUCGCCACCAACAAGCCCUCCUCACCUCCGUCGCCACCGCCUCCGCCGGGGCACAUCCGCCGCCGCCUCUGCAGCAGCAGCAGCAGCAGCAGCAGCAGCAGCAGCAGCAGCAGCAGCAGCAGCCAUACGGAAUCAUGCCGCCGCACGCCCCCGACUCGCCCUUCGUCUCUCCCGGCCGUGCCUUCGCCACGGCGCCGCAGCUUAUCCCGCUGCCGCCGCCGCCGCCAGUGCUGCUGCCCGCGCGCUCCGGCUCUCCCUUCGCCGGCGGCGGCGGCAGUGGCGGCGGCGGCGGUGGUGGAUGCGGCAGCCCGUCCACCUCUUUCAUCGACCAACAGCUGCUUGAGUACCUUCAACCCGUCAGUGUGGUGGGUCAUGCCCUGCAUGCGGACCUCGUCCGGAGCAACGUCAACAACAUCAUUAACCCCAGGAGCGCUGGCGGCGGCGGCGGCGGCCUCCGCCGGCGCGCUGGCAGCUGCGGCUCCGCCACCUCCGCCGGCAGCAGCCCCGUCGGUGCAGCUCCACCGCUGUUACUGCCGCCGUCAGCUGCUGCUGCUGCUGCUGCUGGCGGCAGCGGUACGGCAGCAGCCGCCAGCGGCGGCGGCGGGAUGUGGGCCGCCCCGCAUGAUAUGACAUUGGUAACCCAACAACACCAGCAACAACAUCAUCAACACCAGCAGCAGCCACCCUCUGCCCUGGACCCCGCGGCUCAAGCGGAGGUGGUGGUGGCGUUCGCAGCAGCGGCAUACCGGCUUGCUGACCCUAACGUCCACGCCCUGCUGCUGCCCUCCCGAUCUACCCCUGCCUCCGCCGGAGGCGCCUCCGCCGCCGCUUCCGCCGGCAGCCACUCGGCUGGACUGCGAGCGCACAGCAGCCGACGCGCGGCGUCAUCGGCUCGCCGAGCAAGACCCUCGCCCGCGUCUGGCGGCGGCGGCGGCGGAUACUUUAGUCACUCGCACUCGCAUAUACACACGCAUUCGUUCCUCACAGGUGGCCGCGGCUUGGGCGUCCACUCGGCCGGCGACGGUGGACAACAGCGCGCUCGGCCGCCGCCACCCGCCCGCGCCCGUCCUCACUUCCUCUUCGUCGCGACCGGCUAGCCCAGCGGCCGGCGGUGCUGCUGCUGCUGCCAGUGACGGCGAUCGGGCUACUGCAAUUCGUCCCGUCGCAGCAACUCCACCAGUGGCAGCGGCGGCGGCGGCAUCUCUCGGCGGCACCGUCACUCGUCGUCUGGCGGCGACGGCCGCCGUCAGUGCCCCUGCCGGCGGCCGCUCCGGCUGGUUUGCGAGCUCGGGUGUGGCUCCUCCGCAGCCCCCCUCCUCCGACCCGCACCAGCUCCACAACCCCGCCUCGCCCACCUCACCCACCACCACCGCAUCCUCCUCAUCCGCUCCCGCCCCCAUCCCUACCUCCCCGGUCGCCGCCGCCGCCGCCGCCUCCCCCCGCUGGCUAUCCGCCCCCGCCGCCGCCUCCGGCCUGCAGCCCACCCCACGUUCCUCCCUGCGUGCCAGCUGCGGCUACACCUCCCUGCUGCAGCACCGCUCCUCCGGCUCCAUCGCGGGUCAUAGCACCGCCAGCGGUGGCGGUGGCAGCAGCCACGGAGGCAGUCAUGGUGGCGUCGGGGCUGCCGCUGCGGUAGGGGCAGGGGCUGCGGCCGGCCAUGCAAGCUGUCAUGGUCCCCAUGGAAGCGGCGGCAGCAGUGGCGGCGGCAAUGGCGGCGGCAAUGGCAGGCGUUUCUCGUCACUGAUGGCCGCCGGGGCCGCUGCGGGCGGUGCGAGUAGUGGCAGCGGCGGUAGCGGUGUGUUGAUGCCCAACGGCGCAAUGAGCUGCAAACUGCGCAACUUUUAUACCAGCUCCCCCGCCUGUCUGGUGACCCCCGAGGGUGCACUGGCGCUGCCACAAGCCUACUCUGUGGCCGCAGCAGCAGCAACGGCAGUGACUGCUGCAGCAGCCGGCAGCGGCGGCGGAGGCACCGGAGGCGCCGGCGGACCCUCACCAGCAGCAGCAGCAGCACCCGUCAGUAACAACAAAUGCAACAGUGCCGUAUCCCACGCGACCAACAGCAGCAGAGGUAACUCGGCUGCUCAUCCCAACGGCAACUCUGUCAGCGCGGAUGGCAGCAGCAGCAACAGCAGCAGCAGCAGCAACGGCACUAACAGCAAUUCUGGUGGGGAGGCAGCCUCCCUGUCACAUGCAGAGACAGCAGGAGAGGUGCACCACCACCACCAGCACCAACACCAUCUCCAUCAGCAGCAGCAACAAGCCUCGCUACUUUGCGCCUCAUCCCCCACCGCGGGUCCCCUCCUCUGUCGACGACCCGCGACUGCGGCGCCGGCAGUAGCAGCGGCGGCGCCUGCAGCAGCUGCGGCGGCAGCAGCAGUAGCCGCAGCUGCUGCUGCGGUGGCGGCUGCUGCUGUUACAGAGGGACGUCAGUCAUACUCGGGGGGUGGUGUUGCGUCAGCGUCGGGUCGUGUGUCGGAAACGGGCGGUUCCUCCUCGGUCGCCAUCCGCAGUCCGGUGCGCAUCCGUAGCAGCGAGCCGGUUGGGUUCGCGGAUGCGGUGACGGCAGCGCGCAUGAAUGUUGCCAUCAUGGCUGACGAGCUGAUGCAGCGGCAGGCUGAGCAGCGGCAGCACGCACGCAUGCUGCGGGAGCGGAGCCUGCACCUGCACCGCCGGCCCUCCACUGAGGCUGCCCGCAUGGUCUAUCAGCGCUCCUUCGGGGCGUUUCUGGCGGCUAGAAGCGGGGAGACGGCGGCGGCAGCGGCGGUGGUGGGGCCGGGAGACAGCGGGCCGGGGGACUGACGGUUGGUGGGUAGGGUAGGGUAGGGUUCGUGGGGGUAUAGACCGUGUGGUGGAUCCGGGCCCACAAGCACAUCCCGACGCGAUGCGGAGGCUGGUGUGGGGUACCGUGUAUUUAUUGCGUGAUGGUUGGGUGGGUAGGGUUGGUUGGAGGUACUAUGAGGGUCUUGCUAUGGUCGAGGCAAGCGUGAAGAAGAUGAGGAGCAGCGGCGUCGUGUUCCAGAUGAUGCUGGUGUCGCAGGAGGAGGACGGGAUGCGGCGUGUUGCUGCUGCUGUUGGCUGCAUCAUGAUGGAUGCGCUCUUGGAACCGUGCGGAUCCUCUUCUUGCUGAGAAUGUGAGAAUGUGAGGCAAGCUCGGAACAGCAGGCUACCGGUACUGGAAAUGGAGGAUUGUGUUGUGGAGGGUUCGAAAGCUGAUUUACACACAUUUUGGCAUUGUUGCUUACCAUUCCUGCUUUUGGUACUGGUGUCCUUAUCGAUAUGGAUGUUGACUUGCGGCUAUCUUUGUUGGCGUGCGUUUGCGGCGUGCAGGCGUGCGACUGCGGCGUUAAAUGGGUUGCAGAGGCUUCAUGUCAGGCAGUCUGUUGAUGCCCUGACCGCAUUUACUACCUUUUGCGAGCUUACCAGUUGGCGUUUUGUAGGACUGGUCUCAGCGUUUCGCAAUGCUUCUUGCUCCCAUGUUGACCCUUGCCAUAAUCUCGUCCUCUUCGUCUCUUAGGAUGUUGCAAUAUCUUGCAGCCGUGUUGACCUGGUCCUGUCGACAAAGGCAAAUCACACGUUGGCUGACCAGAGUCGAAACUUCAGUUGACAGUUGACGCAUGCAAUUCAUCGUGGACAGUUGGAUACCCGGCCUCAUGAAGUGCCUUUAACUUGUGACAGGGCGGGAACCUGGCUUUUUAAAUGUGGCGUGUGAGGGUGGUUGUGACAGCUGUUGACUGAUGCCAGGCUUCAGGUGACGCCCACAACGUGACUCGCGUCCUUCAACACACCGCAGCGUGUGCAAUGCGUUUUCUGGGGCUUGAAGCCCCCGUAUGACUGGUCGGUGUGCUGUCAUGCAACACAUGCGCACCCCUGGUGCGGUGUCGUUGGCAUGGCGAGGGGAAGAAGUGGGGCUGGUAUUCAUGUACUGGACACAUGUGGAUGGCCCCGAAAGCAGCAGAGUAGGGGAGUUGGUUGCUUGACCAGUUGCGUCACCCAUGGCACAUGCCAAGCAUUGUGGGGGAUUGCGAGAACGGCUGCUUCCUAUUACGUUUUGUUGGGAAGUUGACUGGAAGAGGCGGUGCGGCAUUUCCACGGCACAUAGCUUCUAAGGAAUAUAUACCGAAAAAGAACCGCAUCCUUUAGGACAGGCGUAGUUGCGCGUGCCAUAAUUUCCAUGCCAGUUAUGUGUUGUUCAUCGGAAACCUAUCCAGAUUUCAUGCCUGCCCUAGCCUUGGCAGGAUAUGGUUGGUGCUGGUGAUGGGUGUGACGCCAGCUGUACACACUUGCGCACCCAACACCCGCGCCCAACACCUGCUCUUAACAAGUAAUGGCCUUGCUCGAUUGGCGCGAUAGCGGGCACAUCAAGCAAAGGGACGUAUCUGGGCUCCUGCCCGCAUUUCCUAGCAGCGACGGUUAGCUCUAGCGACAGCUCUACGGAACCGGAAGCGCAGCUCUGGUAUGAAGGGA